CUCCGUCAAGUCGCGCUUCGUCAGCCAGGAUGCCAUCGGCGAGGCACGCGCUCGUGAGUCGUGUGCUGGAAGAAUGCGUACCUGGGGCUCAAUGCUAGGCUCCGCUUCCAGGCAAGGAGCAGGAGCUGCAGGAGGCCUACGCGCGCAUCGGCCAGGAGCCUCCCAAGGCGCCCGAGGACGAGGUGUACGACCCGCGCACGCUGUACGAGGUGGGUGCCGACGAAGACGCACAUCGCUUGCUGUGCGAUGCGGAUGCUGAUAUGUGGAUGCCGUCUGCAGCGCCUGCAAGCGAACAAGGAUGCCAAGCAGGAGGCGUUCGACGAGAAGAUGAAGCUCUCGAACCAGUUCCGCGGCAUCGACCAGGAAGAGUCGGUCUUCCUGGCCGACGUGCAGGCGCAGAAGCAGCGCGAGGAGCGCGCCAAGCGCAACGAGGAGCUCGAGGAGCUGAACCGCUUCAGGAAGUGAGUGCCGCUGCUGGAAGAGGACCCUCGGCCGCUCACGCGCGCCGGUCUCGCCUGCAGGGCUGCUCAGAGGAGCUCGCCUCCUCCUCCGCUCGUGCAGGGGCUUGCAGGCUCGCCGCCAGCGGCCAGCGGCUCGUCAGGCCCAGCAUCCGCUCGAGCCGCCGCUGCAGCUCCU